GAGCUCUAAUCACUUCCACUGCAUCCUGGUGCUGCUUCUGCCAUGGCGUCUCUGCUCCUCAAUUCUUCUUGUUUAUGUGCUCCCAGAAGGAACCCAAAUUCCCUGCGCUCCUCUCUCUCCAAGCAUCGAACAUUUCAGCAAAAGACCCUCCCGUCCUUCUCGCUGUCGCUCUCUUUUAAACCCAAUUCAGGAAAAAGGAUUAAGUUCUCUGCUAGAGAUGAUGAACAGGAGAAGGAACAAUCCUCGUCCUCUUCUGUUGCCGUAGUUUCGGAUAGCCCUAACGGGGAUGAAGCCCCUAAUGGUGACUCGUCCGUCGAAAUCCAGUUGAGUGAACAAGUUGGUUCAGAAGAGAAGAUCAAACAGCAGGAAGUGGAUUGGAAAGCAGAUGAAGAGUUCAAGAAGUUCAUGGGCAAUCCUUCUAUCGAAGCGGCAAUUAAACUCGAGAAAAAGGGAGCCGAUCGAAAACUCAGGGAACUCGACAGGGAACCGAGCAGUAACCCAAUCGUUGGAUUCUUUAACAGAGUAGUACGUGACAGCUUGUUCAGAGAGAGGGUAAGGUUGGAGAGAGCAGAGGAAGCUUUCAAGGCGCUCGACCUCAACAAGCUGAAGAGUUGCUUUGGGUUUGAUACAUUCUUUGCCACCGAUGUUCGAAGGUUUGGGGAUGGAGGGAUCUUUAUUGGAAACUUGAGGAAACCGGUUGAGGAAGUGAUGCCCAUAUUGGAGAGAAAGCUAUCUGAAGCGGCUGGCCGAGAAGUCAUUCUAUGGUUCAUGGAGGAAAAAACAAAUGACAUAACAAAGCAGGUUUGUAUGGUGCAACCAAAAUCCGAAAUGGAUCUUCAAUUCGAGCUUUCCAAAUUGAGCACUCCAUGGGGUUAUGUCAGCUCAAUACUCUUAUGUGUGGCAACUUUUGGGACGAUUGCUCUGAUGAGUGGCUUCUUUCUUAGACCUGAUGCCACGUUCGGUGACUACAUCGAUGAUAUUGUGCCUCUAUUUGGAGGCUUCCUCUUCAUUUUGGGAGUUUCUGAGAUUGCCACGAGGGUAAUGGCAGCUCGGUAUGGUGUUAAACUUAGCCCAUCUUUUCUUAUUCCAUCAAAUUGGACAGGAUGCUUAGGUGUGAUAAAUAACUAUGAGUCGCUGCUGCCUAAUAAGAAAGCUCUUUUCGAUAUUCCCGUGGCACGCACAGCCAGUGCAUACUUGACAUCGUUAGUGCUUACUGUUUCAGCUUUCGUGGCUGAUGGCAGCUUUAAUGGAGGCGACAAUGCCCUGUAUAUAAGGCCUCAGUUCUUCUAUAAUAACCCGCUACUUACUUUUAUACAAUUUGUAAUUGGACCUUAUACAGAUGAUCUUGGCAAUGUAUUGCCUUAUGCAGUGGAAGGAGUGGGGGUCCCAGUUGACCCCCUUGCUUUUGCUGGACUUCUAGGAAUGGUAGUGACUUCUUUGAACCUAUUGCCAUGUGGGAGACUUGAAGGAGGCCGCAUUGCUCAGGCUUUGUUUGGAAGAAACACUGCCACACUACUCUCUUUUGGCACAUCUCUUUUGCUUGGGAUAGGUGGCUUAAGUGGCAGUGUCCUGUGCCUGGCAUGGGGUUUAUUUGCAACCUUCUUCCGAGGUGGGGAAGAAAUACCCACCAAGGAUGAGAUCACCCCCUUGGGAGAUGAUAGAUAUGCAUGGGGCUUGGUCCUGGCCAUCAUCUGUUUUCUGACUCUUUUCCCCAAUGGUGGAGGCACAUUCUCUAGCUCAUUCUUUAGCCCACCAUUUUUCAGGGGUGAUGUGUAGAUACACGUGUAUGCAAGUAUCAUUUAUGUUAUACCUAUAUAUUCUUCAAAUGUAUCAGCAAAUCGAUA